AGAAACAGAAAGAUGUUCUCUCUCUUUCUCUCUCUCUCUCUCUGUCUGUCUCUGUCUUUGUCUCUUUCUCUUUCUUUCGCUGAAAUUUCGCGUGCAUUAAACGAAUAAAAUAAGAAAUCCCUUAAAUUUUACGCGAGAUAAAGUAUAUCUCGCAAAUGAUAUACAUAUACUCACUCUCGAAAUAUUCAAGUACCAAAUUAUCAUUUCUUAGAAGAUUGAAUCGAACAGAAGCGCUUUCCACUUAAAUAUUUUUUCUCAUUUUAUUUUUUCAUAAUUUUUAAUAUAUCAUAAUUAUUCAAUUUAAUACUUUAAUUAUAUUAAAUCAAAAGUAGACAUAUUUAUACACAUACACACACACACACACAUAUAUAUAUAUAUACUCUUAUAAUUUUUCUCAUUCGAAUAUCAAUAUUUCAAUGCGAAGAAAUAUUCAAAAUAUCUUGUAGUAUAUAUAAACGAAUGAAAACGAUCGCGAGAAACGUAUGUCUUUGCAACCAUAGUUACCAACGUCGUCAAUCUAUAUACACAAUAUAUAUCUAUAUAUUGUCUAUAUGCAUAUAAGCAUAGCUUCUCGAACGGUGGCCACUCCACGAUACGAACGACACAUAGCUUCCUGUUCGCGGCACAAUUUUCGAGGGUCGAUAUAUCGAACGAUGAGAGAAAGAAAGAGAGAGAAACGACGACGACGUUUUCUUCAAAUAGCGCGGUAGUUAGCGCCUCCCUGAAGAAGGGUUUGCGAGAAGAGGGUUGGAUAAGAGGAGAAAGAGGAGGACCGUCUUCUUCCUCUUCCCCGUUCGUCAUCGACUAUAUUUCUCUCUUUCUUUCUCUCUCUGAUAGACUACCUUCCUUCUCCCACCCUCCCAUUCUCCCUCUUUUCUAUCCUCCUCUUCGUCCCUUCCAUUCUCUCGUUCUAGCACGUUUUCCUCCGAAUCUCUUCGUAUUCACUGACUACGCUCUAAUCGAUGCUGUUUAGCCGCUGAACGAUUUAAAACAUAUCACCCCUGAGGAACACGAUACUUUCACCUCGCUAGGGAAGGGUAUGCAUUGGCGCAGUGCGAAAAAAAUUUCCAAGAAACAAAGGAAUUUUCUUUCUUAAGUUGAUCCUUGAGGGAUUUAAAAAAAGGGAGAAAAGAAACGUGAGGAAAAGGAAACAUCAGGGAAACUGUGUGUGAAGCGUGUUAGGGAUUUAUUAACAAAAAGUGUGCAUGUAUAAUUAUUAUUUAGUUUUAUAGACGAUAAAAUAUAUGAAACGAGAUUUUAGAUUUUUUUUUCUUUUUGUAAUAAUUUUUUUAUGUUCCAAAGCUCGAGAAAAUUAUGUAGAUUGUUAGGAAUUCCAAAAAAAGAAAUUAUAUACUUUUAUAAUCUAGUUUACACUACAGAUGAUAAAAUAAAACGUAACAAACAUACAAUAUUAUUUUUCCUUUAAAUAUCAUUGAAAUUAACAAAUUUGGCUUAUCAUUUCCUAUAGAUUAUAAUAAUUCAGUUUCUUAAUAAAUUUCAACGGGUUAUUGUGGAUUUGUUUUCAUUAGUUCAAAGAAGAACCAAGAAAUCACUUUGUAUAGAUAAUACAUAUUUACACAAUAGAACGAAACUUAUUUAUAUACUUUAUAUUAUUUAUAGAUAUGUGUGUGUGUGUGCAAUAUCUAUCGUACGAUUUUAUAUCAAAGAUGACGCAAUAUAAAGUCUAUUCUCAUUAAUUACUUGAUCAUUAAUUUGUAAUGUUACAAUGUAUCGAAUUAACGUUCAAUACAUAUCUCGUUUUCUAUAGAGAAUACGAAAAUAUAAUCAUUAAAUCAACGAGCUUAAUACGAUAUUAUUAUCUAGAGUCCUAUGGGUCUCAUUAAACGAACAGUAAUCACUAUGAUUAAGAGAUAAUUGCUUCAGUAACUUUUCGAAUCGUGUAUCUUCAUAUUUAGUAAAGAACAUACGAAAAAAAUUACAUCUUUUUCGUAGAUACAUUUUUUUAUAUUUGAAUAUAAUCAUUAAAUAUAUCAUUCGUGUCUGUAUAAAUAAAUAAUAAUAGAAAAGUUGACAAAAUAAAAUGUAAACGCAAAUUACUUUUUUUUAUAAAAUUAUCAUUAAGUAGAAGGAUCGUGCGUGAAAUAAUUAAAAUACAGAAAUUAACAUGAUACUCGCAUACAACGACCGAUAAAAAAGUAGUCGCUGAUUAAGAGGGUUAAAAAUAUCAUUGUAUAUCAGUAAAAUAUAAAAAAUAGGAUUCUAUCAAUAAAAGAGAUAAGAAGAAAGGAAAGAAAAAGAAAAGAAAGAGAGAGAAAAAAGGGUUAAAAGAAAGAUGGCGAGGUAAGAAAGAGAAAAGGGAAGAAAUGUUGGAACGAUUAUCAGGACGACCUGUCGAGGAGGGUGUGCACGAUUACGACAUAAAGCAAGGAUACUACCGCAUUGGAACAGAAUCGUAUAGUCGUCAUCUCCGUCGUCGUCGUCGUCGUAGUUGUCGUAGUUAUCGUCGUCGAGGUUGUCAUGGGCCAUGGGCACAGGUACUCCGAGGGAUUACCACCACUUCUUUCGUCUCGCAAUCCUCCGUGGUACUCUCGACCCUUUCCAACGUGUUUCCGUGCACGUCACGAGCGAGAGUUACCCCCUCUUUUCUCAACUGGUCCUCUAUUUGCGACGUAGAAGAAGGGGUGAAAACGAUGCAAAGGGGUGCAACUGGUCCACCACUACCACCACUACCAACACCACCACUACCACUACCACCACCACCAACUAUCAUCACCAACACCAAUGCUCUCUACCACCUCCACAUCUCGGUAGAUCACGAGAAUGGAAGAUUUUGCAGGCUCUGCAAAGUCGUUCGAAGGAGUCAGUCGUCGGUUGCACGUUCUCGCGAAUCAGAGAAUAGCCAUCGGAAAGUGGUACGAGCCACUAACCGGACCUGGUUCCGGACUGGCACAAAUUCACAUCUCUCUCUCUCUCUCUCUUAUCAUCCUUUGUUUCUAACUUUGUUUUUGUCCUCGUCUUCUUCCCUCUCUAUUCCCUUUCUCUCUCUUUCCCCUCCUCCCUUUUCUUCAUCCCUAAUAUCCCUUCGACGAUACUACAAAAAACGUUUUGAAAAAUCGUACGAAAGGAUGCAUUGAAGGAUAAAGAAAGAAUGUCGACGGAAGGAGCACACGGAAGAGGCAUGACUUCCGCAAUCCUCUCCACGUUUCUUCUUCUUCUUCUUUUGCUACUGGACCGCACCGCAGAUGCACAGAGAAGCUUAGAAUUCUUCGAUCUUCUACCGGAGGAUCCAAAACUUUACGAUAAAAUGAGACCACCGAAAAAAGAUGGACAAGCAACCGUCGUCUAUUUUCACGUCACCGUAAUGGGUCUCGAUUCGAUCGAUGAAAAUUCAAUGACCUACGCUGCGGACAUAUUUUUUGCUCAAACGUGGAAGGACAACAGACUGAGACUACCAGAGAAUAUGACUUCGGAGUAUAGAUUAUUAGAAGUCGACUGGCUGAAGAACAUGUGGCGACCUGAUUCCUUUUUCAAGAAUGCCAAAUCGGUGACCUUUCAGACGAUGACGAUACCAAAUCAUUAUCUCUGGCUCUACAAAGACAAAACUAUCCUAUAUAUGGUGAAAUUGACAUUAAAGCUCUCUUGCGCUAUGAACUUCUUGAUUUAUCCGCACGACACGCAGGAGUGUAAACUGCAAAUGGAGAGCCUGUCUCACACGACGGAUGAAAUGAUCUUCCAAUGGGAUCCCGAUGUACCACUUGUUGUCGAUGAGAACAUAGAAUUGCCCCAAUUACAGCUCGUGAAGAACUAUACGGCUGACUGCACGCAAGUCUAUUCCACUGGUAACUUCACCUGCUUGGAAGUGGUAUUCGUAUUGAAACGACGACUCGGUUAUUAUCUCUUUCAUACAUAUGUUCCCACGUGUUUAAUCGUAAUCAUGUCGUGGGUCUCAUUUUGGAUCAAACCAGAAGCUGCACCAGCCAGAGUGACCUUAGGAGUGACAUCGUUGCUGACCUUAUCGACUCAACACGCGAAGAGUCAAGCCUCUUUACCACCGGUCUCCUAUUUAAAAGCUGUCGAUGCCUUUAUGUCGGUCUGCACGAUAUUCGUGUUCAUGGCGUUGAUGGAAUAUUGUUUGGUAAACAUCGUUCUCGGUGAUUCCGAUGCGCCGGCAGCAAAACCACCACCACCUCCGGCACCGCCAUCUUCUAGCGCUGCCGACUCUGCUAAACUUGAUAAAAUCUUCGAUAUUGCAACUAAGGAAAAUGCAAUGUUGUUGUCCGGUCGAUCGCAGAAGUCGAAUUCAGGUCCACCACCAGGACCAACACCGGCUCAGAAAGCAAGAAUGAGGGCCUUGAACAUCGAUCGGGUCUCACGUGUUUUCUUUCCUUUUCUUUUCGCUGUAUUGAACGUCACUUAUUGGAUAAUGUUUGCUGAAUAUAUUUAAAAUCUUCUUUUAUCCGAUAAUUUGCGGAAAGAGAGAGAAAAAGAGAAAUAUCGGAAUGCAAGAUACGCGUUUAAAACGAGAAGGAGUGAGAAAGAUGAAACGUAAAAUUGGAUGUAUGUAAAGAGUGUAUGUGUGUGAGAGAGAGAGAGAGAAAGACAAAAAGAACGAACACACAUUUGUUAUCAAAAAGAUGACAUCAAGUCGUAAACGAAAAGGAAAACUACAAAAAAAAAAAGAAAAGAAGAGAAACCUAGCUUAUUUUUAACUCGAAAAACUCGUGUAUCGUUACAAGAUGCAUAAACGAUAGAUAAAAACGUAUUACGUAGACAUAUCUCGCGCUCUUUUUUCUCUAAAUAAAUGGCUAUCUGAAAAAAAAAGAAAGAAAAAAAUCAAUUAUCGAUCAAGAAAAAUUUGGGCGCCAAAUACGAACGAUCGUCGCGAUCGAAGAUCGAGAUAUCGAUUCGUUGAUCUAUCGCGAUAAGAAAAAAAAAGUGAGAGGAGUUAGGUGAAGUCGAAUCUGUAAUUAAUUAUUAUUAAAGGGUUUUCGCUUAAAAAAAAAAAAAAUAAUAAAAAAUAAAAAAUAAAAAAAGAAAGAGAAAUGCCUAGAAAAAUUUGUCGAUCUCGAUAUCGUAGAAAUUAUUGCACCUUCAACAUUCCUUCAAAUUAUUCGUGCAAAGAGUUUGCCCAAUUGCAAAAAGUAAAUCGUCCAAAGAAGCUUAUAGACGGCCGUUUAAUUCAACUUCUCACUAAUCUCUGCUUUUCGAACAUCCACGGGAAUUUAAUUAUGAUGAGAAAAAAAAAAGAAAAGUAAUUAAUCAAUGUAAUUUAAUUUAAUUUAAUUAUCAAAAGCUUUCACGUUCAAACAGAAUAAUAUAAUUAAUAUUUGUUCAUCGAUCAAUCCGUAAUGGAUCUCAUAAAUUUUGUAAAACUGCUUGUCACAUACAAAAACGAAACGUUUUUCAUCGACACAAUAUCAUUUUGGUAAUACAAUCAUUCUUCGAUGCCUUUCGUCUAUAUAUACUAUGAUAGCAUUAAAUUCAUUUAGAACACCCGCUGUACAUACGAAGAUAAGAUAAUAAUCGUUAUAUUAAAGAGAAUAAAGGAGACAAAGGGAGAAAAGAAAAAAGAAAUAUUUUCGAAGUUUAAAAAGAAAAAUUCAGAGAUAUUAUUUCGAUCGCAUAUAUAGAUAAAAAGAAAUAGUAAUCUUUCGUCAACCGUAAAUUUCGUUCACGUAAAUUCACAUUGAGAGAUCGUACAUCUCUAAUGUACAUACAUACAUAUACAUAUACAUAAAUACAAAGUAACAAAACUUGAUUUGUUCUUCGCGUAGGGAUAUUAAUCGAACUAAUUAUCGCAGUCAAAAUAUUCGUCCAUUUACGAAGGAACGACCAUUUAAAUCACGAGAUCGAACACGGGCCUCGUGUUUAAUUAUGUAUAAUGAGAGUGUGUAUAAAAUAAAGCAUGAUAAUGCAUGAUUUUAAAUUUA